UUUGAAACCAGCUGAGAACAAAGGGGAAUAUGAGGUCAUCUCUGAAGAAAUGAUAUCAUCGAUCAAAGGGGCCAAACCAAAGAAUAAGAAAGCGGGUAAUCAAAAGGAAAAGCAGCAUGGCAAGUCCGAUACACCAAAGGGUCAGACUGCACCUGCUCCGAAGAAACCCGCUAAGAAGAAUGCUGAUGUGGAACAAACGGUCAAAGCCCAACCAAAACCUCAGCCAAAACCGAAAAAGAAGGUGGUGGUAA